AUCACAUUCUGUCUGCCUCCCAUCCCAUGUUUUCAACUUGCAUGUGUGGUUUGAAUGUGCAAGCAUUUGUGUGGUGUGUGCUGGAGUUUGGGAAUGUUUUCUGUGUUAUUUUUUGUUUGAGCAGGUAUUUGUGAUGAUAGAUCUUGAGAAGAUCUUUCCGACGCAACAAGAAUCGCUUCAAUCGGAGCAAGAACGCGAAAGCUAUGAAGAUUGAAAGUUCAUGAGCUUGCGUUACAAUUGCGGCGGUUACUAAGUGAAGUUGUGGGGUGACUUUAUAUGGAGUUGGGAGCUUUGGGGUUGGGGAAACUUGUCACUCUACUGUAACAGCUGCAAAUAGGUUGGGAACAACCAAGCUAGGUUGGCAAGGGUGGCCAACUUGGAUGGAUUGGUUGGGAAGGGACAAAGGUCAAAGUUGAGGUUCCUAUAGGGAGGGAAUCUUUGUGCUUAUGGGGUUUCCUUGGUUGGGGACUCUCUUGGGACCUUCCCUCUCAUCCCUCUCUUCCUAUCCCAACCUUUCUCUUGCUCCUUCUAAUUCCUUGUGAGAUUCUUGAACCUUUAUUGAACUCUUGAGAUUGAGUUAAGUUCUCCUCCUACAGCUUACCCCCUAGUGCGUCGAAAGCCAUAGCGUCGCGAAUACUUCAUCAAUCAACGUGAUUCAAAAUGGGAACGGUAGCUGAGAUUAAGAGCUACAACAUAUCCAAGUUUCGCGACAUUCCAACGGCUAGGUUUUUGUCGACGUCGUUUCUUGUGAAGACGACUUUUCUGUCCAGAAUUUCGGAUUUAUAUUUUGAGUAAUUCUAGCUCCUAAGUUCACCUAGACUCCGUCCUUAAUCCUAACAAGUGGUAUCAGAGCCAUAUUAAGGACAUUGAGAGGAGUCUACAGAAGUGUGAAGACCCUUCUAGACCCACCAUGGCCUGUGGGUGUGCCUAAGUGGUGUUCUAAAGGUUGGAUGUGUCUUCCGCUAAGGGGAAACUCUGCCGAAAUUUCGUGGACGCCGAUACUUGUGAAAAUAUCGAGGGAGCUGAGUGUGGACAGCAAAGGGGAGCUGAAAUUCGUCAUUUCUCAAGGAGAAGAUGAAUGAGAGAGGAGGAGAUGCUAAUGGAAGAGGAGCUGUAGCUGAGAAGACAAGUGAGCCGCCGCCAUCAAAAGUCGAAGCUUUGGAUGGCUCCAACUAUGAGGAAUGGAGCGGACGGAUGAGGAGUGCCUUCAAACGCUACAAGCUACUGAAGAUUGCUGUUGGGGAAGAGAAGAUGCCGGAAGAAGGCGAAGCACGUGAACGGUGGAUUGAGAAAAGCGCGGUGCUUUUCGACCUCAUCCUUCAAUCGGUCAACAAGGAGAUGUUCGAACACAUCAAGGAUCUUGUGGAAGCGGAUGAUUCGGGUCCAAGGGCGUGGAAACUACUACGUGAUGUGGUUCAGCCCAACACUCUCCCGAUGGUGAUCGUGCUCGAGAAGGAACUUGCUGCCAUCUCCAUGCGACCAGGGGACGAUGUGAAGCCGGUCCUUGACAAGAUCAAGGACACCUAUGCAAGGAUGGCAGCAGCGGGCAGCAGUGUAUCUCAGCUGCAGCAGUGCACCAAGAUCAUCUCGGUGUUGGACAACUCUUGGGACAACCUCAUCCCCACCCUCAACUCUCAGCAAGAUCAAUGGACACCUGAGUGGCUAAGGCAGCAGAUUCUGCAGGAGGACUUCCGCAGACGCCAUGUGGGAGGCGGUGCUGCCACUAAGACUGCUGAGGGGUAUGGAGCUGCAGGGCGCGGCAGAGGAAGAGGGGGUUGGAGAGGCCGAGGCCGUGGGAGAAGCUUUGGCAGAGGUAGAGGCCGAGGUGACUAUAAUGAGGGGCAUGGAAGCUCCAGUGGCAGGGGGAGUACCAGAAUGGAGGGCACCUGCUGGUACUGCAAGAAGAUAGGGCAUCCUUGGUUCAAGUGCUUCAGCAGGCCGGAGGGAUGGGCACCUCCAGGCAUGAAGCCGCCCAGUGGUGAACGCGCACAAGGUGGUGCUGUGCAAGGCUCAGGUGCACAAGGUGAAGGUGCACAAGGUAAUGCCUAUCCUGGGAUGUUUCUCAUGGUUGAGGAUGUGCAUGGGCAUGAGGGUGAUGUGGGAUCUGUGGGAAAGGUUGUGAUGCACCCUCUCACGCACUGGGUGAUUGAUUCAGGUUGCACCAGUCACAUGACCCCACGGGCAGAUUUGCUUGAUGAGGUAAAACCCCCUGGGAAGAUCAAGUAUGUGGCAGCAGCGUCAGGUGCUUUGCUCCCUGUCAUUGGUGUUGGAAAUGCCAAGGUUAAGGGAGCUAAUGGGGAGCUUGUGGGGCUUGGGAAUGUUCUGCUGGUUGAAGGCUUGUCUGCUAACCUUCUCUCUGUGCGGCGACUGCAGAAGAGCAAGGCCGAAGUGACCUUUGGACCAACCAGCUGCCGUGCUAAGCUUGGGAAGAAGGUGCUGUGGAGUCUGGAAGAGGAGACCAGCUGCAUCAAGGACCUAUGGCAGCUGCCCAUCAUCCCUUGGAAUGGGAAGACUCCAACAACAGCAACGGCAGCAGCGGCAAAGGCAACAGCAGGAGGAGAUGCAACUGCACCAACUGAUGGGGUCCUGGAAGCAGUCAAGAAAGUGCAGCAGCAGCAGACACAUAGUGAGGUGCUUGCUGGUGUGGAUGCGAGUGCGGCAUGGGCUAAGGCUUCAUCAAGGAGUGGUGAGGCCGAUUGGGAGACAUGGCAUGAGAGGCUGUGUCAUGUGAACUUCCCUAUGCUGCAGAAGUUGGUGAAGGAUGGGAGCCUGAAGGGCUUGGAGGUGAAAGGGGGAGUGAAGGAGAUUGGGAGCUGCCCUACAUGCUUGGAGACCAAGUUCUCCAAGUUCCCCUUCAACAGCACUACAGGACCAGCCAAGACCCCACUUGCACUUGUGCACAUGGAUGUGGUGGGGCCCACAAGAGCCCCUUCCCUCUCAGGUAGCCGCUAUUUCUUGACAAUUGUGGAUGACCACACUCGGGCAGUGUGGGUUUACCCUUUGAAGAGCAAGGGGGAGGUGGCAGCGGCUGUCCUUAAGGAGUGGAUGCCGAGAGCUCAGAGGGAAUGCGGACACAAGGUGAAGGUGAUCCGUAGUGACAAUGGUGGGGAGUUCAUUGGAGCUGAUUUUGAGGGGGAGUUGAAGAGGAAGGGGAUCCACCAUCAACUGACAGUGCCCUACAACCCACAGCAGAAUGGCGUGGCUGAGAGGUUCAACAGGACCCUGCAGGAGGGGGCACGCACUCUCCUUGGGCGUGCAGGGCUGCCUGAUCCGUUUUGGGUGUCUGCACUGAGGCAGGUCGCCCUUGUGAAGAACAGGGUGCUGGCUACAGUUGGAGAUAAGGAGUGGAUCCCAUAUGUCAAGUGGUAUGGGAGUGCUCCAGCUGUGAACAUGCUGAGGGCAUUUGGGUGCAUGGUGGUGUUUCAUGUGCCUAAGGAGAAAAGGGGGAAGUUGGAGGCUUCUGGAAGAUGGGGUGUGCACUUGGGGAUUGCAAAGGAUCACAAGGGGUGGCUGCUAUGGGACUUGACCACCCAGAAGUUGACAGUGUCAAGGGAUGUGAAGUUUCUUGAGUCCCUGUACUACAAGGAAUGGAAGCAGCAGCAACAGAAGCUUCCAUCUACACCGCUCAUUGUGGAGGCAGAUGAGGUGCAGCAGCCUUCAAGACAGGUGGAGGUUGCAGUGUCAGAGGAGGAGAUGUCUGGGGAGACUGAGGAAGGGGGAGCAGCUGAAGUGGAGCAGCAGCAGCAGCAUGAGUCUCCACCUCGAGUUCCACACCCGCCUGAGCGUCCUAGGAGGGAUGUGCGCCCUCCAGUGAGGCUGACCUAUGGGGGAAGAGGCAAGCCGAAUGUGGUGCAGGCUGGGAGUGUGGUUGAGCAGAUUGAGGAAGAUGAGAUCGCUCACUGCUACUGGGCACCAAUCCCUGAGCCCAAGACUCGAGAGGAGGCUUUGAAUGGACCAAAUGGGGAGAAGUGGAAGGCGAGUGAGGAUGAGGAGUUCGGGUCCCUAAUUGAGAACGAGACAUGGGACCUGUGUGACUUGCCUCCUGGGAAGAAGGCAAUCACUUCCAAGAUGAUCUACAGGCACAAGUAUGGACCUGAAGGGGAGCUGACUCGCUACAAGUCUAGGCUUGUGGCACGGGGGUUUCAGCAGACAAAGGGGAAGGACUAUGAUGAGGUGUUUGCUCCUGUGGGGAAAGGAACAACACUGAGGGUGCUGUUGGCGAUAGCUGCACUCCUGGGAUGGAAGAUACGGCAGAUGGACAUUGUGACUGCCUUUCUGAAUGGGAUCAUUCUGGAGGAGGUGUACAUGAAGCAGCCAGAGGGGCUGGAUGAUGGGAGCGGCAGGGUCUGCAGGCUGAAGAAGGCCAUCUAUGGCCUUAAGCAGGCGCCUCGUGCAUGGUAUCACAAGUUGGAGGAGGCGCUGUUGGCUGGGGGUUUCAAGAAGAGUGAGUGUGACCCCAGCCUGUUCCUGCUGCAGGAGAAGGAUGAAAUCCUCAUGCUCUUGGUGUAUGUGGAUGAUAUCCUUCUCUUUUCUGCAUCCACUGCUUUGCUGGACAGCGCAGAGCAGAUGCUGGAGAUGCAGUUCAAGUGCUCCAAGAUGGGUGAGGCGAAGUACUACUUGGGGAUGCAUGUGGAGAGAGAUCUGGAAGCGGCCAAGAGGUUGGUCCGCUAUGUGAGUGCUACGGCAUCAGUGGGAUUGGAGUACAGUGGAGUGAGGCAGCGGUUGCAGAGAGGUGCUGCAGAUGUGAAGAGUGGUGAGAUGCUCUUGAGUUGCUAUACUGACGCUAGCUUCAACUCAGUGAAAGCGGAUGGCACCAGCAUUGGGGGUUAUGUGUGCUUGCUGGGAGGUGGUGCUGUGAGCUGGCGCAGCAAGAAGCAAAAUGAGGUGGGAUUGUCUUCAUGUGAGACUGAGUACAUGGCCUUACACCAUGGGGCCAAGGAAGUGGGCAUGAAGCUUGCUGGGAUGAGUGUGCAUUGAGUAUGCAUGCUUGAGAUGUGGUAUGGUGGAUGAUGGUUGGCAGCCAGAGGGGGAGAUUGUUGUGUGAUGUCAUCAUAUGCUAUCACAUUCUGUCUGCCUCCCAUCCCAUGUUUUCAACUUGCAUGUGUGGUUUGAAUGUGCAAGCAUUUGUGUGGUGUGUGCUGGAGUUUGGGAAUGUUUUCUGUGUUAUUUUUGUUUGAGCAGGUAUUUGUGAUGAUAGAUCUUGAGAAGAUCUUUCCGACGCAACAAGAAUCGCUUCAAUCGGAGCAAGAACGCGAAAGCUAUGAAGAUUGAAAGUUCAUGAGCUUGCGUUACAAUUGCGGCGGUUACUAAGUGAAGUUGUGGGGUGACUUUAUAUGGAGUUGGGAGCUUUGGGGUUGGGGAAACUUGUCACUCUACUGUAACAGCUGCAAAUAGGUUGGGAACAACCAAGCUAGGUUGGCAAGGGUGGCCAACUUGGAUGGAUUGGUUGGGAAGGGACAAAGGUCAAAGUUGAGGUUCCUAUAGGGAGGGAAUCUUUGUGCUUAUGGGGUUUCCUUGGUUGGGGACUCUCUUGGGACCUUCCCUCUCAUCCCUCUCUUCCUAUCCCAACCUUUCUCUUGCUCCUUCUAAUUCCUUGUGAGAUUCUUGAACCUUUAUUGAACUCUUGAGAUUGAGUUAAGUUCUCCUCCUACAGCUUACCCCCUAGUGCGUCGAAAGCCAUAGCGUCGCGAAUACUUCAUCAAUCAACGUGAUUCAAAAUGGGAACGGUAGCUGAGAUUAAGAGCUACAACAUAUCCAAGUUUCGCGACAUUCCAACGGCUAGGUUUUUGUCGACGUCGUUUCUUGUGAAGACGACUUUUCUGUCCAGAAUUUCGGAUUUAU